UUGCUCACAAGCAGGCACGGACGGGGUAAGCCCUUCGUGGGAAGCUGGAAAGCAAUUUCCUCUCUCUUUCUCUCUCUCUCUCUCUGUGCGCGAAGAAGACUCGAUGAGAAGAUGACCACCGAUGCUGUCUCAUUUCUUUCUAUAGUCUCCUGCCUCUUCUUUGAUUCCAUGAUUUCUCGGCGCAAAAACCCAGAACGCAUAAACGAAAGAUGGAAGGUAAACUCAGCAGGAAAUUUAAGAAGUUCCCAUAUUUGAAGAUCCUUUCUUGUUCAAGAAGGAGCAUUUUCUUAUGAGUUGGAUGAUACUGUACCGUUCUAACUUCUCAACACCCUAUUGAGCGGUUGCUUUAGUUUCAGAGGCUUUAGAGAUGGCUGAUGCAGAUAGUGGUCGAGGAAGGACAAUGGAUCUUAACUUGCAUCUGGGUUUCCAUUCACUGCCACAAUUGGGUUCACAUGGAGGGCCAGUUUUUGCAACCUUACAAGGUGAUGAUUAUACUGGUCGUGAAACUUCUGAAUAUCUUCCUCAGAAUGCCGAGGCUACUUUACCAGUUCCAGCUCAGCAACAUUGGAGAGAUAUGAACAGGACAGCAGUAGAUCAUGCUUCCAACAAUGCAAAUAUAGGUUCUGAUUUGGUGAACGGAGGUGCCGAAUAUAGAGGAAUUGACUCUGAAGAAGCUGAUGUGAUUUUCAUUGAUCCUGUGGACCCUAGAGAGGAGUCUGAAAAUGUACCGAGUCACAUAGACAAAUCCAAUGAACGUCCUAAAUUGCAGCUUGAAAUCACAAAAGAUGAAGAAAAGAAUCCAAAUGCAAAUUUUGAGUGCAACAUUUGCUUUGAGUUUGCAAAAGAACCUGUGGUGACUUCAUGCGGUCACCUCUUCUGUUGGCCUUGUUUAUACCAGUGGCUGUAUAUUCAUUCGUGUACCAAAGAAUGCCCUGUAUGCAAGGGACUGGUAACAGAUUCUAAUAUUACCCCAAUAUAUGGACAUGGUGCAAAUGACAGUGGCUGUGAGAGGAAGGAUCAUGAGGAAAGCUCUUCUAGUCUGAAAUUACCACCAAGACCACAUGGAGUGAGAAUUGAGAGCAUGAGGCAGAGAAUGCGAACUUCAAGAGCUAUGAAUGGUGGCUUUUUGAACGAAAUGCCAAGUGGGAUUCAUAAUGAAAGUGGUGUUGACCAUGGUCAAGGUAUUCAUCGAGUUGUUAGCCGGCUGAGGUUGCGGACUCGGAAUUUUGCACAGGUACGGGUGCCCAAUAGAGGACCAAGGCAUCGAUUGAUAAAUACCGAGAGCUCACAAGGUCAAGAGCCCAUGCUUCAAGCAACAAACACAGAGAAUACACAAGAUCAAAAUUCAGAUGGUGGCUCAAGGCUCAGUUCAUUUCUUAGAGAAAGAGUGGAUUUUUGGCAGCAGAUUGCUCGCAAUCAUCUUCGAGGAUAUGACCAACUAUCUUCUAUAAGUGCCAAUCUUGCCAAUGUUGAACGCAUUAUUAGCAGGCUGGCAAGGGACACUAGCAACAAUUCUCUCUUUGGGAGUUCUACUAAUCCUGGCAAUUUGGAACAACCGCCCAAUUUAGAAACACAUGCAAAUGGAUCAGCAAGCAGGCCAGGUUCUGUUGAUAGCGUAAUUGGUGUAUUAGAAGGUAAUGGGCUUGGUGAAAACCAAUCUGAGCUAAACAGUACAGGCAAUUCACUUGCACGUAGGAGGCUGCGGAGUGCAGCUUCAGGUUCAUCAGAUAUGCAUGGGGAUGCUAGCUGUGGAAGAAAAAGGAGGCUGAAUUGAAUUUAGCUUUUGAUGUUCGGAGGCGGAUACACCAUUUAAACACCAUCUCAGGUGUAAAUAUUGUUGGUUACCCUUGGCAUGGUGUAGAAUCUCUGCAUGCUUUUGCCUGUGUAUAGUUUGUUUUUUUGUGCUUCCCUUUUACAGAAUAGAGAUUCACAGAUAUGGCUCUGUAUGAUAUUCUCAUAAUCUAUCUAAUGAAUAAUCUCUUCGGGUAUUUGUUUC